AUGGACCUUAUGAAAAGAAAUAUUGGUUCUUGUGGAACAUUGAACACUUGCAGAAAAUUUUUACCCAAAGAGUUAAAAAGCUGUAAGCUAGAUGAUGCUGGACAGUCCAAAGUUUUCCAGUGCUCUGAAUUUCCCAAUCUUUUGUGCACGGUGUGGAAAGAUAAAAAGGAAAUUUUUAUGUUAUCUACAACUAAAUCCGCUACUGGCACAACCGUAAAUCGAAGAAUUGGUGGAGCCGUCAAGACACUAGAUUGCCCAACAGUAUUUUCGGACUAUAACAAGUUUAUGGGUGGUGUAGAUCUGGCAGAUCAAAAACGAAAGUACUAUGAAUCAGCUCGAAAAUCAAGAAAGUGGUGGCUUUAUGUGUUUUGGUUUUUGUUGGACACCGCUGUCCACAAUUCUUUUAUAAUUUAUUCACUUUCACAGCCACCAAAUAACAAAAAACCUAAAAGAUUGUUGGACUUCAAG